GCCUAUGCCGCAUACCAACAGCAGCUUCAGCAGGCCGCGCAGCACCAGCAGCUGAUGCAAAUGUAUGGAGAUCCCAAGGGUGGCAAGUUCGGCAAGGGGAAGGCCGCGGGUAAGGAUGGCAAGGGCAAGGAAGGCAAGGGGAAGGAUCCCAUGGCAGAAGGGGCGCCUGCCUAUGCUGCUGUCCCUGCUGCCCCGGCCGUGCCUGAGCAGGCACCCGAGGUCGCUCCAGCGCCAGCGGAAGCUCCGGCGGCAGCCGCGCCGGCUGCGGCCGCGGCCGCUGCGGAGGAUGGCGCGGCUCCGGCCGAUCCGGCCGCUGCCGCCAUUGUGCCGGACUUCACUCCCGCGAAGCCGCGGCUUCUGCAGAUCGUGGAUCCAAACAGUGGGAAGCCCAUCGACACCAUGGGCAUGAACUUCGUCCCGCGGAAGCCAUCCACGCCACUGCAGAUCACCAACCCAAGCACCGGUGAGGCUGUGGCGAUCGAGACCAAGGGCUGA